AUGAUUUCGGCCAAGAUGUCAACCGCCGCUCGCGCGGCGACUAUCCGGUCCAAUAUCUCGGUCUUGAGAACCGCUUCACACGGUUCUCGGGCGCUUUCGUAUUCAGCACUGCCGGCACAGUCCCUUGUUAGAGGUCAAAGAAACGCUCUACAGCCCCCUGUCCGUCCGGUCUCCCAACUUGUGUCGCCGUUCGCCGCUCUCCCUUUGACCCGGUCUUUCCACGUCGCAAACUCCCUCUUCCAACAGCAACAGCAACAAAAGGAUGAGAAGAAGAAUGAUGAGGCCAAGGAGGGUGAAGGCUCUAAAGAAGAGGGCAAGGAAAAGAAAGAAGACGCUCCGCCACCACCACCUCAUGGAGACAAGUCACCAUGGCAAGUCUUCCGGGAUACUCUCCAAUCCGAGUUCAAAGCUUCUAAAGAAUGGAAUGAGUCCACCAAGGCUCUCGCUUCCUCUGCACACGAGUUCUCGGAGAAUGAGAAAAUCAAGCGCGCUCGUGCGGCUUACGAAGCUGCCUCGGGAGCUGCUACCUCUCACACAGCUUCGGCUCUCAAGUCCACAGGUCAAGUAAUUGGAAAGGGUGCUGCUUGGACCUGGAAUACCCCUGUUGUCAAAGGUGUCCGUAAGGGUGUCAAUGCAACUGGUUCUGGUCUUGAGAAGGCCACUAGACCCGUUCGUGAGACCGAGGCCUUCAAGAGUGUGAAGAAUGCUAUUGAUGACGGCAGCAGCUCUCGCUAUGGAGGAUUUAUUGAAAAGGAAGAGCGUCGCAAGCAGCGACAACUUCGCGAGGAGAUGGAGGCUAAGUCUGGAAAGAAGCGGGAGCAAAUGGCUGAGGAUCCUAAUGCCGGUACCAACGUCACCCUUCACAAAGAUGCCGCUUGGAAGGAGUCAUGGCGUGACUUCCGCGAUUCCAACCCCAUGAUGCAGAAGCUCUUCUCGGUGAGAGAGGCCUAUGAUGAGUCUGAGAACCCUCUGAUCAGCACUGCGCGCAGCAUCACCGACCGUAUCGGUGGCUUUUUUGCCGAGAAUGAGACCGCCCAGGUUAUCAAGAAGUUCCGUGAAAUCGACCCUAAUUUCAAAAUGGAGGAAUAUCUGCGUGAAUUGCGUGAAUACAUACUCCCGGAGGUUCUUGACGCCUACGUCAAGGGUGAUGUUGAAACAUUGAAGCUUUGGCUAUCUGAUGCGCAGUACUCUGUUUAUGCUGCUCUCUCCAAACAGUAUACUACCGCCGGCCUCAAAUCUGACGGCCGUGUCCUGGACGUCCGCGGUGUCGACGUUGCUCACGCCCGUCUCCUCGAUGGUGAAAUUCCCGUUUUCGUUGUUACCUGUCGUGCUCAGGAAGUUCACGUAUACAAAAACAUCAAGACUGGCAAGCUCGCUGCUGGUAUGGAGGACAAGGUCCAACUUGUGACCUACGCCAUUGGCAUGACUCGCAUUCCUGAAGAGGUCAAUAACCCUGAAACUUGGGGCUGGAGGCUGAUUGAACUGCAAAAGGCGGCCCGCGACUAUAUCUAA